GCGGAGCGGGCAGCAGCCAAGUCAGGGCCGUCCGGGGGCGCGGCCGGCGAUGCCUGCAGCCCCCGCCGCGCCCCGCCGGGCCUGGUGAGCCGCCCCCGGGCCGGGGUCGCGCCGGGCCGGGCCGCGCCCGGGGCGGGGCGGCGCUGCCUGCAUGACCCUCCGGCGGCGCGGGGAGAAGGCGACCAUCAGCAUCCAGGAGCAUAUGGCCAUCGACGUGUGUCCCGGCCCCAUCCGUCCCAUCAAGCAGAUCUCCGACUACUUCCCCCGCUUCCCGCGGGGCCUGCCCCCGGACGCCGGGCCCCGCGCCGCUGCACCCCCGGACGCCUCCGCGCGCCCGGCCGCGGCCGGUGCCGGCCGCCGCAGCCCCUCCGACGGCGCCCGCGAGGACGACGAGGAUGUGGACCAGCUCUUCGGAGCCUACGGCUCCAGCCCGGGCCCCAGCCCGGGUCCCAGCCCCGCGCGGCCGCCCGCCAAGCCGCCGGAGGACGAGCCGGACGCCGACGGCUACGAGUCGGACGAUUGCACCGCCCUGGGCACGCUGGACUUCAGCCUGCUGUACGACCAGGAGAACAGCGCCCUCCACUGCACCAUCACCAAGGCCAAGGGCCUGAAGCCGAUGGACCACAAUGGGCUGGCAGACCCCUACGUCAAGCUGCACCUGCUGCCAGGAGCCAGUAAGGCAAAUAAGCUCAGAACAAAAACUCUCCGUAACACUCUGAACCCCACGUGGAACGAGACCCUCACUUACUACGGCAUCACAGACGAAGACAUGAUCCGCAAAACGCUGCGGAUCUCUGUGUGCGACGAGGACAAAUUCCGGCACAAUGAGUUCAUCGGGGAGACACGUGUGCCCCUGAAGAAGCUGAAAGCCAACCACACCAAGACCUUCAGUAUCUGCCUGGAGAAGCAGCUGCCGGUGGACAAGACCGAAGACAAGUCCCUGGAGGAGCGGGGCCGCAUCCUCAUCUCCCUCAAGUACAGCUCGCAGAAGCAGGGUCUGCUGGUGGGCAUCGUGCGGUGCGCACAUCUGGCCGCCAUGGAUGCCAAUGGCUACUCGGACCCUUAUGUGAAAACAUACCUGAGGCCAGAUGUGGACAAGAAAUCCAAACACAAGACAGCGGUGAAGAAAAAAACUCUGAACCCGGAGUUUAAUGAGGAGUUCUGUUACGAGAUUAAGCAUGGGGACCUGGCCAAGAAGUCCCUGGAGGUCACCGUUUGGGAUUACGACAUUGGAAAAUCCAAUGAUUUUAUUGGUGGCGUGGUUCUGGGCAUCAACGCCAAGGGGGAGCGCCUGAAACACUGGUUUGACUGCCUGAAGAACAAGGACAAGCGCAUAGAGCGCUGGCACACGCUCACCAGCGAGCUCCCGGGGGCCGUGCUCAGCGACUGACGCCCGCCUGCCACUGCCACCCCCACCGCCACCUGCGCCCAGCACGGCCGGCCCAGGCUUCCCCAGCAGCCACCAAGGCCUGUGGCCCCCACAUUGGGGGAGAUCCAGAACCCCUGCUUGGACCCAGAGCCACUGCAGUCCCCGCUUGGAGGACGUGGAGGGCUCAGCCACUCUGGGACGGGGAGGGCAGGGAGCUGGGGGUGCUCUCAGCCCUCUGGGGCCCAAGAGACCAGUGGUGGAAGGAGACCUCAGCACCUGCCCAGGGGAAGGGGACUGGCCCGUCUGGGAGGAAAGACCUGCUGGAGGCCAGCCCUGGCUGAGAGGGCAGGAGUGUGGGGGCACCCUGGGGGACAGUGGGAACAGAGGAGGGAAGUGGUGAGCAGGCAGACCGGGGGAGGACGGGACCUUGAAGACCGACUGCACCCGAAGAAAGGCUGACCGCAUGCCUCAUCUCCAUCGCUGCUGGGCCGAUGGAAGAAGCGGGCCUGCUGGCCGAAAGUCUGCAGAGUUCCUGGAGGCUCCUGAUGAGGGUAAAUUGGCACAUGCUUCACUCAGUGAUUCCACAAGCCCUGCGAGUGAGUGAAACACAGGGCCUGCCCUCAGGGAGUUCCAGUCUAGUCAG